AAGUAUGUUCGUUCAGACACAACACUGAUACUUUAUCAGAAAUAUUGCAAAACUAAAAGGAACCAAGUACAUGUGUCUUGAAGGCGGAUGUGGCGUAUGCAUAGUUGCAGUCAAAAUAAAAGACGAAGUAUUGGCUGUGAAUUCUUGUCUUGUCCCGGUAUUUCUGUGCAACGGGUAUCGAAAUAUGAUUUUUAAGCAUUCUUAUUAUAUUCCAUUUUUUUUCAAUCCACACAGUUAAACUGUUUAUUUACAAUAUUUACCAGCUGGGACGUAAUAACUAUAGAGGGUAUAGGAGGAAAACUGGCAGACCACAAUAGGCUUCAAAAAACUUUAGCUGACAUGAAUGGAUCUCAGUGCGGUUUUUGUUCACCUGCGAUGGUUAUGAAUAUGUACAGUUUGAUCGCGAGGAAACGAACGAGUGCAAACGAUAUAGAAAACUCCUUCGGGAGCAAUAUAUGUCGUUGUACAGGCUACAGAUCAAACCUAGAUGCUUUUCAGUUAUUCUCCACCAACACUGCGUUAUGCUCGUCUGCAUAUGUACGUGACAUCGAGGAUGCUCACGAAUCGAUAUUGUGCUUGAAAGAUUGCGCUGUAUGCGAUGACUUUGAGAUAAUCAACGUUAACGACCCAAAAGCGAUCUACCUCAGACUCAAAGACGCUGAGUUUUUCGAACUGUUUACCAUCGAGCAAAUAUAUGAAAAUUUCAAAAAGUACCCAAAAGCUUCGUACAUCCUUACUGGUGAAAAUACGGGAAACGGUAAGAUCCAUGACCCUAAUAUAAGCUUUUAAGCUUUGAAUGAAAACAACUGCCAUUAAUUCAUUGAUAGAUGUAUACAGAAUCUCCAAAAAGGACCUGUACAUUGACAUAAACGCCGUAUUUGACCUACAUGCUAUCAGAAAAGCCAAUACCAAAUUAAACAUAUGCGCCGGUCUUACCCUCGAAAACAUGAAAGUUAGCUUUCAAAAAUAUUCAAAACACACCGGCUUUGAAUACCUCAAUCAGUUGGCUGAUCACGUAGAUUCAAUCGGACACGUGGCAAUGAGAAAGGUAAUUGCAGCUUUGAUUGUCUCGAAUUUCGUCCUUUUUACAAACAACAAUCACGUACUUAUAUUGGCAUUUUCAGAUCGGAACAAUAGCUGGAAAUUGGAUGCUAAAACCCCAGCAUCGUGAAUUUCAGUCUGACUUGUUUUUGAUACUGGAAACCGUCGGAGCGGAAAUACUCGUUAGUACGUGACUGUUUGAUAAAGUGUGUUAAUAAUUUUCGCGAAGUGAUAUGAUUUUUCUUUUUAGGGGAGUCCAAAGGAUCGAAAAUCGUCUCGAAUUUUCGUGAUUUUUUGGAGAUCGAUAUGAGGCAUAAACUGAUAUACAGCGUUGUUCUACCGCGAUUAAAAUAUAAUUAUGUUUACAGAUCUUACAAGGUUUUUAAAAAUUUUACAAUAUUCUGAAAAUAAAAAUUGUAUUCCUUUACAAUACAUCAUAUUUUUGUAUAGAUAAUGUCGAGGGCGCAAAACGCCCACGCCAUAGUUAACGCGGGAUUCCUAUUUCAACUGAACAAAAAAACUCAAGUUUUCGAAAGACCGAAUAUUAUUUUUGGAGGAGUUAGCGCCAAAUUCGUGAGUUUACUAAUUCGCUAUUUUUGAGAGAGAGCUUUUUUCUAACCCACUUUAAUUUUUCAGAUGCAUGCCUCCAAAACUGAGCAGUAUCUCGAGGGCAAAGCUCUUUUGACGUCAAAUUCACUUCGAAAAGCUUUGAAUAUUUUAGGCUCUGAACUAAAACCAGAAUUGAUCCUGCCAGAAGCAUCUCCAGAAUAUCGAACGAAAUUAGCCCAAGCUCUACUCUAUAAGAUAUUCAAUAAUUGCGCGCUCUUCCAGUGAUCAAUAAAACCUUAUAAAUGACCA